AUGUUCGGACUCGGCCGCCAGCGCAAGGCCGAAUCUGAGGCCUCAGCGCAACCCGUCGAUCAUCACAAUGUCGAUACCGUCGUCAACGAAGGACAAACGCGGGGAAAGACGAACUGGAAGAAUCUCAUUCCUGUGAUUGCUUGUGGCGCUGGACUUUUUUCCGAUGGGUAUAUCAAUAAUGUCAUCGGCUCCGUCGUCACCAUUUUAGACCGAGAGUAUGAGGACAUAUGGAGAAACUCGAACGCGAAGAAGUACGUGGGCGACAUUGCGUUUGCCGGAACGGUGGUGGGAAUGUUAUUGUUUGGAUAUUUAUCCGAUAAAUGGUCGCGAACAAACUCCCUCCUAGUCUCAACCAUCAUCCUCAUCAUCUUCGCCGCCCUCGCCGCAGGAAGUUACUACAAGGGCGACGCAAUCGGCAUGUUCAACAUCCUUACCGCCUGGCGCUUUUUCGUCGGCGUCGGCAUCGGAGGCGAAUACCCCGCCGGCUCCGUCGGCGCCGCCGAAAACACGGGCGAGCUCAAAUCCGGCCAGCGCAACAUGUGGUUCAUCCUGUUCACCAACUCGAUGAUCGACUGGGGUUUCGUCAUUGGCGCCUUUGUGCCGUAUGUCGUUUCCGCCGCCUGCCACAACGGCCACCUGUCGACCAUCUGGCGCACCAGUCUCGGGAUCGGCGUCGUUUUCCCCCUUGUGCUUUUCGUCUUGCGCCUCUUUGUGUCUGAACCAGAAGAGUUCCAGAAAAACAGCAUGAAACACGCCCGCACCCCUUACCGGCUUGUCCUCAAGUUCUACGGGUUCAGACUGUUUAUCGUGUCUCUGAUCUGGUUCAUCUAUGACUUUAGUGCUUACAGCUUCGGGAUUUAUAGUCCCAAGAUCGUCGCUAACAUAUAUCCCGAUGGUUCCCCCCUGACGACCAUCUUCGGCUGGAACACCGUCAUCAACCUCUUCUACAUCCCGGGAACCAUGCUGGGCGCUCCCGUCUCCGACCUCCUCGGCCCUCGCUACGCUCUAGCUCUGGGCGUCUUCCUUCAAGCCAUCGUCGGCUUCAUCAUGGCCGCCUGCUACUCCUCCCUCGCCCAACCCGGUCGCGUCGCCGCCUUCGCCGUCGUCUACGGCAUUUUCCAAUCGCUUGGGGAACUAGGACCGGGAAAUAACAUCGGCCUCAUCGCCGCCAAGACCUGCGCCACUGGUAUUCGUGGCCAAUAUUAUGGUCUUGCAGCCGCCGUGGGCAAGAUCGGUGCCUUUGUCGGGACCUGGGUUUUCCCUUAUAUCGAGGCGGCGGGGGGAGGGGAUGAAAGGUUGGCGGCGCAGUAUCCGUUUUGGGUGUCGAGUAGUCUGUGUGUCCUGAGUGCAGCAUUGGUGUUAUUUUGCUUGCCGCAUAUUGGGCAGGAUACGAUUCAAGACGAGGAUGCGCGGUUUAGGGCGUUUUUGGAGGAGAAUGGGUAUGAUACGAGACAACUUGGGUUGAGGAAGGGGGAGGAGAUGGGCAUGGGGGAGGAGGGGGUGGAGGGGGUGGAGGGGGUGGAUAAUGUAGAUGAUGUGCCGGUUGAGAAGAGGGCUAGUCCUACUCAGUGA